GUGUGUGCGCACUUCUCCGCCCUCUACAGAUCGGUGAUCAGAUCUUGAACCAGCUCCAGCCGGUCUGUCAGCUCUUUUAGCCUGGGGCAUGUUGGCGACCUCUCCGUCUUAACCUGCCGUCACACAUGUAACCAUGGCCUCCCCUGACAUUACAUCGCACCAUGUCAACUAUCUGAUAUGGAGAUAUCUACAGGAAUCAGGUCAUGGCGAAGCGGCGGUGAUGCUCCAGCGUGCCUGGAAUCCCGAUCCGCAGGCGUUGCCCUUUGCGCCGUAUAUUAAGACGCAUGCACUGGUGACGCUGGUCCAGAAGGGCCUGCAGUACCAUGAAAUCGAACAGUCGCUCGACCAGGAUGGGAACCCGGUCCCUUUAACCCCCUCCAAGUACUUUUUCGGCCCAAUCCCGCUCGACGCGGAGAAACUGAAGCCUGGCGUUGACCGCGGCGAGGCGGGUGAUGGUCUCGGCACAGACCAAGCGCCUGCUUCGCCUGCAAGUAAGGCCGGCGUGACCAACGGCCAUGCGACGGCCGAGGCAGCAGCAGGCCCGGUUACUGGCGGAAAGAAGACUCGCACAGCUACGGUCAAUGGCGACGAGAGCGCCAUGGACAUCGACUCGAACGGAGUCGCCCACGAACGGGCAGCCAGGUCUCAGUCGCCGGCAGAGCUUGUCGUCGAUGCCGACGGAGACGUGGGCAUGGGCAUGGGCAUGGGCGUAGGGCCGGUGGGUGCGCCGUCAGAGGCCCAGGAUCAGGAACCAGCCCCGGCGCCGACUUUCACCCUGACGACCGGCCAGAGCGUUGGCGUCCAGAUCAGCCCCGCCAAGGCCGCCGACCUCAGCCCCGACACCGCCGUGCUGGAUGUGGCUGGUGACCCGCACGUGACCCGCUGUCUGUGGCGCCCCCGUGACUCCACGGUCGUUGCGACUGCCGGCGAGGCCUUCUGCAGCCUGUGGAAGCUGUCGGGCCAGCGCGCCUCGACCCAGGAGAAGCUCGUGGAGAGUACGGGCGAUAGCAGGUGUGUUUCCGCCAUCGCGUGGGAUCCGACCGGCCAGAAGCUGGCCGUGGCCACCUACAAUGACCUGCGCGGCUCCAUUACCAUGUAUAACGCCGACGGAGAGAUAGUGGACAUGCUCCCCGACGUGCCCCGAAUGAUCACCGGUCUGCACUGGGCAGACAAUGGAGCGCACAUGGUCGUCGUGGCAUCCGACAGCCGCGUUUCGGAAUUGGCCUUAUGGGACGCUUCGGUUCGAGCGGAGGAGUUUCCACCCCCACAGGUCAUCGACGGCUCCAUCUACGAUCUGGUCUGGUCGGGCGAUAACCAGGUCUACGCUUGCGGAGAUGGCUCAGCUUUUCAAUGCGAUGUCAACUCGAGCGUCCAACUCGCCAAGACGUUUUCCUCUGGCGGAACCGACACGGCUUGGACGUUUAUUCGAUGCGCCAAGACCGCAGCGUCACCCGUUGUAGUAACGGCCUCGUCCGCCUCAGCCAGUAUCUGGGUUCCCGCGUAUGAUAUUCGACUUGAUGCUGCACACGACGGAGAUAUUACCGCCAUAGAGCUGCGACCUCGCCCGUCGUCCCUGGAGAUCCAGCAAAACUCCCCCAUCAUGCUUGCCUCGUCUUCCACGGACGAUACUGUCAAACUCUGGAAUGUCGAUAUCGAAUCCAAGGAGAUCAGUUGCCUUCACCGGCUAUACCUGGGUCCAUCUAUUCCCGCUCUGAUCUCCACGUUCUCCCCAGACGGCUACGCGAUUGCUGCUGCCAGCAAACACAAACUCUUCAUUUGGAACGCCGAGCGGGGUGGUGUCCCAAUGGCGACCUGGACCGUCCCAGGUUCUGAGGACACGAAGAUGGAAAAUCCUGACGAGCCUGUCAACGGACAGAAUGGAUCUUCAGAUGCAAUGCCCGACAGAUCUCUGUCCUGGGACACAGACGGCAAGAAACUCGCCUUUGGUUUUGGAAAGCAGAUGGCGAUCGUCAACUUCCAGCGCUGAGUUUCUCCCUAGACACGAUACGAUAUCGAUAUGCCGUACUUGGAUUUGGCGGCCCACAGAGAGCCACGUGUACAGAGAACUUAGCUUUGUUGCACUGUUUGUGCUUCGGUGGCAUUAGAGGAGCAGGAGACGCGCCGGCGUCUGGGGGGAUUUCUAGUGUCAAAGCCGCGGACUUGCAAGAUUUUCAGGCCCUCACGGGUCUCAGCAGAGUCCUCACCGGGGACUAUACGCCAUCCUGCUUUUUAUCGCAUACUCAGUGGG